AUGGCAACCCUACGACCUGGUGCGAUCACUGCAACCUGCUUACGAUUGGCCCAGAGAAGCACUGGCAGAAUCGGGCUCUACAACCUACGGCAACGGCGUGGACUUGCUACGCGUCAAACCCGACACCAGCUCAACACGGGCGCCAGCAUUCCAGCCAUCGGCUUUGGGACUUUCCAGGACCCAGACGCUCAAGAGGACGCGGUGUCCAGGGCUCUGAAGGCGGGAUUGCGUCUCAUUGACACGGCACGGGUCUACGAUGUCGAAAAGCAGGUCGGCCAGGGCAUCAAGAGGAGCGGCGUCCCCCGCGAGGAGAUUUUCCUCGGCACGAAGCUAUGGUGCAACAAUUAUCACCCGGAAGAUGUUGAGAGGGCACUCGACGAAUCUCUCACAGACCUCGACACUCCAUAUGUGGACCUAUUGUUGAUGCAUUACCCUUGCACUUUUGCCAGAGGACAGGACCGCUUCCCUCGAGAUAGUAAUGGCAAAAUGAUUCUGGGACAGACGACAUUUGUUGAUACUUGGAGAGCUAUGGAAAAGCUGGUAGAGACAGGGAAAGUUAAAGCAAUUGGGGUUUCCAACUUCAGUAGGGGUGAAUUGGAAACCUUGAUGCGGGAGAGUGCAACAGUACCUGCUGUUCAUCAAAUGGAAGUGCAUCCUUACUUGCAGCAAAAGUCCUUUAACCAGUGGCUUCGGUCUCAGGGCAUCCAUGUAGUCCAGUUCAGCCCCCUUGGGAACAUGAAUGACUUCUAUCGGAGCACAGGUUGGAGCAAGGAUAUAUCGCAUAUGAUGAGGGUAAUCGAUCAGCCGCUAUUGAAGGAACUUGGCCAGAAAUACGGGAAAAGCGCUGUUCAGAUUGUGUUGGCUUGGGGUAUCAACAACGGACGAUCCGUCAUACCUAAGAGCACCAUUGACUGGCAAAUAAAAGAAAACGUCGAGGCAGACUUCAAGCUAGAGGACGAGGAUAUUAAGGCCAUUGAGACACUAGAUAUCAAGGCUAGGUUCAACGAUCCGAGCUUGGAUUACCAGUGGAGGCUCUAUAGCGACCUAGAAGGCAUUGAGGGCACUGUCGAGGGGAGGACCCACUAG